AUGGGUUCUAUUAAAAAUAAUAUUAUUCAUGAUCAUAUCUAUUUAUCAAAUUCAGAAAAAGAAAAAAGUUGUAAUAAUUUGUCAGAUACUCCACGUCGUAAAAUUCGUAAAAAAUGUGAUAUUGAAACUGAAGAAGAUCGUGAAGAAUAUUUCCGACGACGAACAUUAAAUAACGCAUCAUGUCGAGUAUCUCGUAUUCAUCGUCGAUCAAAAUUAGAUAUUAUGAUUACGAAAUGUGUUGAAUAUGAAGAUUUAAAUGGAAAAUUAAAAUUAAAAAAUUUAAUUUUAUCACAAGUCAUCAAUCAAUUAAAAGAUCAUUUACGAACUUUAGUUUCGAAUGAAAACAAGCCAAAUUAA